GCGUCCUACAUGACCAACUCCCCGACCCUCAUCGUCAUGAUCGGCCUCCCCGCCCGCGGCAAGACCUACGUGUCCAAGAAGCUCACCCGCUACCUCAACUGGAUCGGGGUGCCCACCAAAGUGUUUAAUUUAGGCGUGUACCGCCGGGAAGCCGUCAAGGCCUACAAGUCCUAUGACUUCUUCAGGCACGACAACAAAGAAGCCAUGGAAAUCCGAAAGCAGUGUGCCUUGGUGGCUCUAGAGGAUGUGAAGGCUUAUCUCCUGGAGGAGUGUGGGCAGAUAGCUGUGUUUGAUGCGACCAAUACGACUCGAGAAAGACGGGACCUCAUCUUAAAUUUUGCUAAGGAAAAUGCUUUCAAGGUGUUUUUCGUGGAGUCGGUCUGUGAUGAUCCAGAAGUCAUUGCUGCCAACAUCCUGGAGGUGAAGGUUUCCAGCCCCGACUAUCCAGAGAGAAACAGGGAGAAUGUGAUGGAUGAUUUCCUGAAGAGGAUAGAGUGCUACAAGGUCACUUACCAGCCUCUCGACCCCGAUGUGUACGACAAAGAUCUUUCCUUCAUUAAAGUGAUCAACGUGGGACAGCGGUUCCUGGUGAACAGAGUCCAGGAUUACAUCCAGAGUAAGAUUGUCUAUUACCUCAUGAACAUCCACGUCCAGCCACGCACCAUCUACCUCUGCCGGCACGGCGAGAGUGACUAUAACCUUGUUGGCAAGAUUGGUGGGGACUCUGGUCUGUCACCACGUGGGAAGCAGUUUGCCCAGGCGUUGAAGAAGUUCAUCGAGGAGCAGGAAAUCGUUGACCUGAAGGUGUGGACCAGCCAGCUGAAGAGGACAAUCCAGACAGCCGAGUCCCUGGGGGUCACGUAUGAGCAGUGGAAGAUUCUCAAUGAGAUCGAUGCUGGGGUCUGUGAAGAAAUGACCUAUGCAGAGAUUGAAGCCAAGUACCCAGAGGAGUUUGCCUUGAGGGAUCAAGAGAAAUAUCUCUACCGCUAUCCUGGAGGCGAGUCCUACCAGGACUUGGUCCAGCGCCUGGAGCCAGUAAUUAUGGAGCUGGAACGACAAGGCAACGUCCUGGUUAUCUCCCACCAGGCAGUUAUGAGGUGCCUCUUGGCUUAUUUUCUUGACAAGAGCGCAGAUGAGCUGCCCUACCUGCGCUGCCCCCUCCACACCAUUCUCAAGCUCACCCCUGUAGCAUAUG